AUCCCUUCUCGUGUUUGAGAUUCCGUCGGCCUAUUUUGCUUUGCUUAUUUAUUUAUGUUUGAUUUAGCUGGGUGAGUGGUUGAAGUUCUGUGUCAAUGGCCUGGGAAUUGUGGAUUUCGGGCUAAUGGUUACGCACUUAGUGGACUGUUCGAGUGAUGCUUCUGUAUUGGUUAUAGAAGAAUGAUACGAAGGAGUUGUUGCUUGUUUGUUUCGGAAUUACUAUGGUUACUCACUGUUACAUUUAGAUAAUGGUAAGCUUGGUUGCGCUGUUAGACUUGGUCACUAUGGAAGAGCAUCACCUAUCCUAAUAUUUUUGCUAUGAAAUUUAUUCUUUCUAUUCAUUGAGUUAAACCUCUUUAGAUUCUGUUUACUGUAAGUUCAUACCACGCUGGAGAAAUCGAACAACUUAUUUACAGUGCUGUUGUCUCAUGACUUAUGAAUGUCUACGGAGAAUUCCAAUCACUAAGCUAUGAGAUGGACACAAUUUUAAUGUCAUGGCUUUCUGAUGUUGUAAAUGGGUCGGAUUUGAUUCUACAUAUUUUUCCACAGUAAUGUCCUAUUAAGUCAGCUAAGAUGCUCAUUUCAUAAUGUAUGGUUGCAACUUGAAGAGGAUUAUAUGAAUUCAUAAUAAAAUACUUGAAAGCAAACCUUGAAAGUUUGAAGCUUGGCAUUCUUCACAUGAAAGAGAAAAUAAAAGGAUAGUUUCACAUGGUGAAGGAUUUUUAUCGUCCUUUGAUAGAAUGCUCCCCCCACCAAAAAAAGAAAAAAAAAACCCAGAAAAGGAAAAAAAAAAAAAAGAAGGGAAAACAAAUUCCUUGGCAGAUUUAAAGAAAUAAUAAAAUGAUAGGGAAUAACCAAUAGGCCUUUGCCAGGGCUCAUUAGGGAUGAAUGCAAGCUAGCCAAUUCAAGUCUCUCUUCUAAGCCCACAGUGAUGGUGAUUAACUUGGAGGUGUGGGUUCCCUCAAGUUUCAACUUUGGGGUAAUGGUUUGCGGUUGAGGUUUCUGGUUGUUUGUGUAUAUGCGAAUUUCCGUGGAUAAGAUUUUCAGCAUUGUUAUGUUUUAUUUAUAAAUUUCUGGGCUUGUUUUUUCUUCAAAUAUUUUCUUAAGGUUGCCUUCAUUUGUGGAGCAAUUUUUGGGAAUACUUAAUGCCCAUUAAGAGUUCUACACAGAAAAUUUCAAGAUAGAAUUACAUCAUAAAUUUAUUCAAAUGGAACUAUGAACACCCUCUCACUCAGCAUUCUCGCUAUAUGUUAGAGUAAGAUUGUCAAUUAAAUUCCAUUAUGUUUAUAAUGAUGUUAUUACUGAUUGUUGUACAAAUCAGUGUUAUUAGAAUCGUGCGAUUUGGGAUACGAAUCGCACGAUUUGUUACAGAUAAUACACUGGGAGAUACGAAUCUCCCAGUGUAUCUUAAGGGCGUCUAAAUCGAGCCCUGAAUCGCGCGAUUCACACCAGAAUUGCGUGAAUCGCGCGACGCCGGCGAAUCGUGCGAUUCUAGGCAGUGUCGGGUCGUGCAGAUCCGACCCGGACCUAUGCUCGACCCGACACGAUGAAAUCGCCGUUUUACUUCUUUUUUUUUUUUUGAAUUUUUGCUUUUUUUGGGGUUAUAUAAGGAAGGAAAUGACCCAACCCUAUUUUUUUAUUCCCCUGCUCUUCUUUUCACGUUUUACUCUCUAUCUUGUGCCCCAUGCUUCUUUUCUUCUCUUCUGUCGGUUCUUGGCUGAAAUUUGGAAGCUUUCAAGUUUGAAUGUUGAAGUCUCAAGUCUCCUCUUUUGCUGGUUCUUUCUCUUCUCUUCUAUUCUGUGGUAUUUUUUUUCCUCUAUUUUUUUUAUUGGAUAUUAUAUUGGUGGGAAAAAUGAGUCAGAAUCAGAAUAAGAAAAAAAAGGAAGUUGACAUUACAUGGAAACAUUGUGAAAGUGUUCCUCCCCAUAGACUUAUGGUUAAAUGCAAAUACUGUUCACAUCAAUGUUGGGGUGGGGUAGCCAGAAUGAAACAUCAUUUGGCAGGAACCAGAGAAAAUGUGAGUCCAUGUACAAGUGUUCUUGAUGAAGUUAAAAAGUUGUUUGUUAAAAUGCUAGAAAAUAAAGAAAAAAAAUAAAGAUGCUAUUAGUGUUGAAAUAUUUGAAGAAGCAACUGCUCAAGAUGCUAAGGGGAAGGAAGGGACAUCAAAAACUAUCAAACAAAAAACAAUGAAUGAGAUGGUAAAUGAUAGAGAUUUAGUAAUUCAAGAUAUUUGUAAAUGCAUCUAUGGUAAUGCUUUACCUUUCAAUUUGGUAAGAAGUCCACUGUUUAUUCAAAUGUUAAAAUCUGUUGGUGAAUAUGGUAGGGGUUUGAAACCUCCAAGUGAUCAUGAGGUGAGAGCUUCUCAUUUGAAAAAAGCUGUUGAUAAAAUUCAAGAAAGUUUAGUGAAGUAUAAGAGGGAUUGGGAAAAACGGGGUUGUACUUUGAUGUGUGAUGGUUGGACCGAUGGUAAAAGGAGGUCUCUUACUAAUUUUUUAGUUAAUAGUCCUAGUGGGACAGUCUUCCUAAAGUCAGUAGACACAAGUAGUGUGAUUAAAGAUGCUAAACAAAUGUUUGAAUUACUAGACAAUAUGGUUGAGGAAAUUAGAGAGGAUAAUGUGGUGCAAGUUGUGACAGAUGGUGCCUCAAAUCUCGUGGCAGCAGGGAAGAUGUAAGAAGAGAAGAGAAAAAAAUUAUUUUGGUCUCCUUGUGCAGUUCACUGCCUUAAUUUAGUCCUUGAAGACAUUGGGCAACUUCCAGUAUUUUAUAAUACCAUCACCAAUGCAAAGAAAAUAACAACAUUCAUUUAUGGGCAUACAUGGGUCCUGAACUUGUAUAGAAAAUAUUCCAAGGGAAGAGAAUUAGCUAGACCGGCAGUGACAAGAUUUGCAACAGCUUAUCUUACACUAAGUUGCAUAUUCCGGCAAAAGAAUGCUCUUCGAACCAUGUUUGCUUCAGAUGAUUGGGUUUCUGGUUCUUUUGCUAGUAAAAGUGAGGGUAAGCAAGUGGCGGACAUGAUUUUUGGGGAUUCUAGAUUUUGGAGUUCCAUCAAAUAUUGCUUAAAGUGUGUGAGUCCACUUGUAAAAGUUUUGAGACUUGUAGAUGGUGACUCUAAACUUGCUAUGCCUUAUAUUUAUGAAGCAAUGGAUAGGGUCAAAGAAGAGAUUCCUGACAAUUUUGAAAAGAAGGAAUCAAGGUAUAAAAAGACAUGGAAGAUUAUUGAUACUUGUUGGAAUUUGCAACUACAUAGACCCCUCCAUGCGGCUGCCUACUUUCUUAAUCCUAAGUUUUGUAGAUUCCAUGGCUUUGAGAAAGAAUCUUUGGCAGACUGUUCUACACGGAGAGUUUGAUGGGUACCUUGUGUACCCUCGACGGCUCUGUACUACAAAGGUGGACCUAAAGAAGCUCCGCCCCAUGAUUUAUGAGAGGAUAGAAAAACGGGCUAAUGAAUACCCAGUUCGUGCCAUGGUUCCAGUAGCGGUGGAGGUCCUCAAGGCCAGGAAUGUUCUCAUCCAAGGCGUUUCUGCCCUCCUUCAGUCCUUUCCAGUCAUGGCUUGCAAAUUCUGUCCAGAGAUAUUUAUUGAUGAGAAGGGACAUUUAAUUCGGACUUGCCAUGGCUACAAGCGUCAUGCCAAGAACAGGUGUCAUGAAUGGGUUGCAGGUGGCUUGGAUGAUAUACUUGUUCCUGUUGAAACCUAUCACCUAAACAACAUGUUCCAAGGUGUUAUAAAGCACAACCAAAGGUUUGACUUUGAUCGCAUUUCUGCUAUUGAUGAGCUAUGCUGGCAGGCUGGGGUUGACCCUUGUGGCAAUAUUGUUAGUGGCAAUUCACAAGGGAGCGAGUUUUUGUCACCAUAUGAUCUUACCUUUGUAGCUAAUAGAACAUUAACAGCUUGGGAGACUCUUAGGUCGGGAGUGCUGAAGUUGCUGUUUGUUUAUCCGGCAAAAGUCUGUAAAUAUUGUUCUGAGGUUCAUGUUGGGCCAUCGGGCCAUAAAGCUAGACUCUGUGGUGUGUUUAAUUAUGAGAGCUGGCGAGGAGCUCACUUUUGGACGAAAGCAGAGGUGGAUGAUCUCGUACCUCCAAAGAUUGUAUGGAGACGGAGGCCUCAAGAUCCUCCUAUACUUGUAGAUGAAGGGAAAGGUUAUUAUGGGCGUGUACCAGCUAUUUUGGAUCUGUGCGCAAAAGCCGGUGCCCUUGUACCUGCAAAGUAUAACAGUAUGAUGAAAGCACAAGGUUUAUCUGGUCCUGCCUUUUGUAGAUAAUGAUAAAAUGUGGCAUGGAAACUAUUUACUUAAAGGUCUUUGAAGCCAAUAGUCGGAUUAGUUGUAAGCCUGGUUUGUUUUGGGGCACUGAUCAGAAAAGGUUUGAGAAACCGAUUGACCGCAAGUGAAUUACAAGACCUGCAACUUUUCAGGUAUUUUAUACUAUACGUCUGUGAAUCCAUGCAUGUCUCCUCUUCACUGGAUGACAGCCAGAAAUUUUGUUUCUUCAUGCCAGAUAGUUUCUUCAGACUUCACCAAAAUCUCCAGAGUUUUGUGGCUGGACCUCAUUGACACCAGCCCUUGAAGAUUAUAAGUUAUAUCAUAGUCCUAUAAUCAAUUCAAAGAUCGCAAUUAUUUUCCUCCAUGUAUAUAAUCAUAUUGUCUAGUUGAUGAAUAUCUUACUAGUCCAAAUUGCUAGGUACAUAAACAUGGAAGGAACUGUAUUGUCGUAAAUGAUUGCAGCAAGUAAAAUAGCUGCCGAAAUGGAGGCGGUGAUCACUAAAAUCUCAUUUCGGUGGGAAGGCCACUUUCUUGACAUAGAGUUGAUUCUGUAGCAAGUGCCUUUUGUUUCUUAAUUUCUUAAUGAUGCGAAAUUAGUUAUUGUUAGUUCA